UCAGACGUGGCGUUUUUAGUAGGGUCACAUGGUUUUCAGCUCAGCAUCUGAGCACCAUGAAUUGCUUCGCAGUAAUCAUGCCGGCGUAACGAACUUGGCUUCCUGACAUUAGCGUACUCAGCCUGCAGGUCAGCCUCACUUGGACGGUUAAAUACCUCACCUUUUCCUCAUAGCUUCAGAAUGUCCCAAACAAAUACGCGUGCGUCGUUCAACGCGGACAUACUAACCACAGAUUCACCGAGACAACUCCUGUUUACCGACGAAUUCCUCAGAGAGAAAAUUAACUCCCCUUUGGAAGACCCUGUGGUCACUCGGCCGCUUAAGACCUAUUGGGUCGCAUUUGAAUCAUCUCUCAGAAGAGGCCGCAACUGCCGCAUCUUGCUCCGGAUUGUAGCAGGAUGUGUUGGUUGGACUUUGCUCAAGUGGGUUGCUACUGCAUGUGGUAUCAAUGAAAAGAUACUCGGUGCAGUUGAUGACCUACUUCGCGCCAUUUUUUGCAUUUCAUUGGCAUUUGUGGGAACCUCGGUAUACAUGGAUCUGGAAAGGGAAGCGAUUUCGCUCGCCUCUUCAGUUGCCAGCAUUGAGAACCCUAUGUCCACGACCGCCACACCCCCACGACACAGUCAUCCCGUAGUCCACGCGGAUGCCGAUAGUCAGGUGCCACAGACAACCAUGACCCAAGUUCCCGAUCAAUCUACCGAACCAACAAGCAGUCUGUCCCAAGUUGGCCUUGAUGAGGGCGGCGGAUUUGCCCAUUUGCAGAUGCAAUGGACGGAGCAGCGUCAAAUCUUUGCUGUCAAUCCCAAGCACCAUGAGGAUGAAACUCCACGACCUAGGACCAGCGAACCGGGAAUCCAUCCCAAGCCCGAUCUGUCGAACGGAUCAUUCAAAGUGACUAUGCGGCGGUCCUUCGGGUUCGAAGAGCUCACAGCAAAUCCUAACUUCGCAUUCACAAAUGUCGAUCAAGCGGCAUUGGCAAACCUUCGUUUAGGGCUGAGAAUCUACAAGGAUCUAUUCUUUGCUCACUCGAAACGUCUUUUCCCAGCCAUCAGCUUACGCUUGGUUUCAAUAGAGCCUAAUCCGCGGAGAGUCAGAGCUCGUCUGGGACUGAGCCAUACUUCCAGAACGUCCAUUUGUGUUACUGGCCUUAAAAGGCCAGAUGUCGUUGAGGAAUUCGACAACAUCAUGUCCCGGGAAGGCUACAAAAACCUCUACGACCCAUUGAAACUUUGCUACGAGCAAAGUGAAAUCAUCCGCUCAGCUGGCUCGGGCUCAUACAAUAUCGAUUCCUCUGAAUUGGAUACUUUCUGUGGUAGCUUGGUCGUCUUUGAGGGUUUAGAUGGUUCCCAGAGAAAGUCAACCGUGGGCGGUAUGAUUGAGAUUGACGGACAGACAUUUGGUCUGACAACAAGCCACCGUCCCGAGGACGAGACCACUCCAGAAAGCGAUGUUCCGUCACUGGCCGACCUCAUCCGGGCAUUCGACGCCGACGAAGGAUAUCAUACUUUACAGCAUGUUUUAUCCUCGGCGCCACUGGCAAAUCAACAAGACAAUGACGAAACCCUCGGCACCCCCGCUUUGCAUACAUCUCAUUCUACCCGCGAUUCCGUGAAAGGCUCAAGCAGCAAGUCUGCUGUCUCUCUGAACUUGGAUGACAUCUGGGAUGACUGGGACCUUCUUCCUAUUGAACCAGAAAGCCGGUUACCGAACACUGUGCCCGCAUCAAAGUCCCGCAGCAAGUAUAUAUACAUUGCUCGCUAUUUCGAUAGCACUAGCUUCGACUAUGCCAUGCCUUGGCGUGUGAUCAUCAUCUCAGGCAUGAGUGGCAUCGUGGAUGGCUUUCUGACCUCAAGCCCCUCAUACACGCUGCUUGAAGUAGAUCGCCCCCAGGAGUCAUGGAACAUUAGACUCAAGCGAGGAGAUCUUCAAGCAGGCGAUUCAGGCUCCUGGGUUGUUCGGGAGGAUGACCACAGCUUACUAGGCCUGGUUGUGGCGCGUUCAACGGGAUCGGCCUACAUGAUUCCUUGGAAACAAGUGACUCAGAGUAUCGAGAGGAAAAAUAACCUAAAGGAGGGUGCCAUCAAGUUACCGACAUGGUCAAGCUCGUGGAUGGGUCCUCGUAAACGAAUUCCGGAGACGCAGUCGAUGCCAGCCGCUGCGAUUUCCAUAAGCGAAAAGCUCGGCAAGAAUCCGGUUGCCCGGCAGCGAUCCGAAAUACAUCACCCAAAACGCGGCAGGAGAAUAUCGAGAUACUUGCCUGCUGGCAUGUUUCAAUUGAAGAUGAAAGCCAUGCGGAGCAACUUGCUUGCGAUGGAAGAGGAGCAUCUCGUUGAAGAUGAGCUUUCAUGGUCAGGAACGACAACCUCGGACGGCCAAAGAAACUUCAGGAGUAAAUUCACGUUUCUCGGUGACGACGAUAAUUGGCUAGCAGAGAACAUCGACGUACCUCCAACAGAGAACGGCGGUAUAUCUCCACCAGAGCUCUUGAGCAUCACAAUUGCCGCACCACCUUAUUGGUUUCUCUGGGUUCGGGCUGGGAUGUUGGCGAUCACUGUGCUGUCACUUUUCACCUUCCAGCCUUGGGCAGUCGCGAUGGGGCUUUUUUUCUUAGCAGCAUACAUUGAUUUUCCUUGCAAUUGAAGUACCCUACCUCAUCACUGCCUAUUCCUGAGGCAAAUAGAGGAGGUUC